AUGUCUCACGAGGAAGAUCUCAUCGAUUACUCCGACGAGGAGAUCGGUGGCAACGAGACCGCCGCGACUGCCUCCAACGGCAAGAAGGGCGAGCUCGCCGCCGGUAACAAUGUCGACAAGAAGGGCAGCUACGUUGGUAUUCAUUCGACCGGUUUCCGCGAUUUCCUCCUGAAGGCUGAGUUGCUUCGCGCCAUCGCCGACUGCGGUUUCGAGCAUCCAUCGGAGGUCCAACAAACCUGUAUCCCCCAGGCGCUCCUCGGUGGUGACAUUAUCUGUCAGGCCAAGUCCGGUCUGGGUAAGACAGCUGUCUUCGUUCUUGCUACGCUUCAGCAAGUCGAGCCCGUGAACGGAGAGGUCUCCGUGGUUGUCAUGUGUCACACUCGUGAGCUGGCCUACCAGAUCCGCGACGAGUACAACCGCUUCAGCAAGUACAUGCCCGACAUCAAGACCGGUGUCUUCUAUGGUGGUACUCCCAUCAAGACCGAUGUGGAGACACUCAAGAACAAGGAGACCUGCCCUCACAUCAUUGUCGGUACUCCUGGUCGUCUCAAGGCUCUUGUCCGUGACAAGGCUCUGCGUCUUGGCAGCGUUCGCAUCUUUGUCCUCGACGAGUGUGACAAGAUGCUCGAUCAGCCUGACAUGCGCACUGAUGUGCAGGACGUUUUCCGUGCUACUCCUCAGCAGAAGCAGGUGAUGAUGUUCUCGGCCACCCUUUCCGAGGAAGUCAAGCCUAUCUGCCGAAAGUUCAUGCAGAACCCUACCGAGCACUACGUCGAUGAGGACACCAAGCUCACUCUCCACGGUCUCCAGCAGUACUACAUCAAGCUGGAAGAGAAGGAGAAGAACCGCAAGCUCAACGAGCUCCUGGAUGAUCUCCAGUUCAACCAGGUCAUCAUCUUUGUGCGCAGCACUGUCCGCGCCACUGAGCUUGACAAGCUUCUCCGAGAGUGCAACUUCCCUUCGAUCGCCGUUCACUCUGGUGUCAGUCAGGAAGAACGUAUCCGUCGUUACAAGGAGUUCAAGGAGUUCAAGAAGAGAAUCUGCGUUGCUACCGACGUUUUCGGACGAGGUAUCGACAUUGAGCGUAUCAACCUGGCGAUCAACUACGAUCUGUCCAACGAUGCCAGCUCUUACCUGCACCGUGUGGGUCGUGCUGGACGAUUCGGUACCAAGGGUUUGGCCAUCUCGUUCGUCAGCACCGACCAAGACCAAGAGGUGCUCAAGGAAAUUGAGAAGCGAUUCGAGGUCGCUCUACCUGAGUUCCCCAAGGAGGGUGUCGACGCCAGCACUUACAUGGCUUCUUAA